AUGCUCUUGCAAGCUCAGGCAGUCUACCAUCUCUUAAGUGUUCAGAAGUAUGUCAUGGAUGAAUGCAGGAAAUGGAAUCUUGUCUGGAUUGGAAAGAACAAGGUUGCGCCUUUGGAGCCCCAUGAGAUGGAGUAUCUACUUGGUUUCCCAAGAGACCACACGAGGGGAGUCUGCAAGAUGGAGAGGUACAAAGCUCUUGGGAACUCAUUUCAAGUGGAUACAGUUGCUUAUCACCUGUCAGUGUUGAUGGACAUGUUUCCUGAUGGUAUAAAUGUGCUGUCCUUAUUCACCGGUAUUGGGGGAGGAGAAGUAGCCCUGCACAAGCUUGGGGUCCACAUGAAGACAGUGGUUUCUGUUGAGAUUUCUGAAGUGAACAGGAGGAUUUUCAGAGGUUGGUGGAAUCAGAAUCAAACGGGUGGCAGUCUGAUUGAGAUUCCAGGCAUGGAGACUCUCACUAAUGAUACAAUCGAGUCAUUGACUAGAAGAUUGGGUGGUUUUGACUUGAUAAUUGGAGGCAGCCCAUGCAACAAUCUUACCGGCAGCAACCGGCACCACCGUGAUGGUUUACAGGGCGAGCAAUCUGCUCUGUUCUACGAGUACUCGAGAAUACUGAAUGUUGUCAAGUCCGUUAUGGCGAGGAUGUAG